AUGUCUGAUUCACAUAGAACCGAGUUGCUGGACCCGAAACGGGUAGCGGAGAAUCUUGACAUUCCAGUGCGAGGAAAUCUUGAUGAUUACGUCAACUCUGCCGCAUUCGACAUCAACUGCUCUCAAAAAGCGAUCGAGCUCGCUAGGGCCUUAUCUUCUGACAAUAGUGAUUGGACUGAGGGCCCAGGCUGCAACUGGUCCAGUUUGGAGAGCCUCUCUACGCCCCCCAGUGCCGAAACCGGCACACACGAAAUAUCGAAGCUUGAGGCCCGUUUAUAUUAUGCUGGGAUUAGUCCAAAGGAUUGGCCUACGCGUGUUUGGAGGAGUUCUGCCGACGUCUUUGAAGUGCCGACUGGGCCUGAGGCGUAUGUUCGUCGUAUGAGACUUGUUGACGUUCCCGGAACACAUGAAUUCGCGAAGAACGGACUAUGGGACACAGUUUGUGACUGGGUCGAGCGCCUUCUUAAGGAAGAGGACGUCAGCGUCUCAUCCAUCGAUUUUGCGCGAUUUACCUGGCGUAACAAAGCGGAGGAUCGUGAGAUCGACUCGGAGGAGGAGGAAGAGGUCGUGGAAGAGGAGGGGGAGGAGGGUGCGAAGGAAGAUGACGAAGAUGCUUACGACUCAUUCGCACCCGUGAAGCCCGUCGAGGGCGGCGAGCAGUACUUCACAAACCCGACCAUAUGGAUUGGAGUCUUUCCCGAAAGCCUCACUGGCCUUCGUGCUUUCGAGGUCGCAGAAAAAAUCCGUGCCUUCCUCGACGCGCUCAAAGUCAAGGAGGUCGACAUUGCCUUCAGAGAGUCCAUCGCCCGAUCCAUUGUCGGAAAUGGACCAGCACUCUACCCUCCCGUUGAGUCCGGUGACCCUCUGGAAGAAUUCAUCGACAGCGUUUCAGUCCCGCUCAGCAUUCCCAUUUCUGGGACACUUGGCCCCUACUUCCAGCACAACGGCAAACUUUACGCCAUCACGGCUCGCCACAACCUGUUCCUAGCCGCCGACGGAAACGCUCCAUAUAGGUACAACACCUCCGCAUCCAAGAGGGACGUCGUAGUCAUGGGGAACCCUGCUUUCACGAACUACCAGAACGCCAUCCAGGCGCGUAUUGGAAACCUCAACGAAACAGUCAAAUCUCUCAGAAAGAAGAUCGCUUCGUUAAAGGAGAGGGUGGGGAACGGAAUCGGUCUCCCAGGCACACGGGCUUUGCUAGCGGAACAGGAGGGCGAACUUAGAAAAACUGCCAGGAAGAUUUCCAGCCUGAAACAGCACUCCGUCACCAUGAGCAAGAAUUGGAGCAAGCUGAGCGACCGUAUCAUUGGUCACAUCGUCUGGUCUCCGCCGAUCGGUGUUGGUCCUAACCGCUUUACCCAAGACGUCUGCGUUGUGGAACUAAAGAAAUCCAAGUUCACGCAUUUCAUUGGGAAUGUCCUCAGUCUCGGACCCAAGUACAGCGAGACAGACUUCACGACCCUCAUGCACCAACGAACUGACGUUCCCUCUGAUUUUGAAUAUCCUACCGACGGGCUCCUUGUUCUUAGGGGCAUGUUCACGACCGACCCCGUCUAUGACCACAAUAGCUUGGGCUCCCACAGAGAACGCACUCGACACGUUAUCAAGAAUGGCUUCUUUACCGGGACCACCGUCGGAAAUCUUCCUCGCUUCAUGUCGUUUGUGCGGAAGUACUUCACGACUGGCACAUUGGAGUCCCUGGAGCUGGCGAUCUUUCUUCACGAGAACGAGACUGGCACCUUCUCUAAAAGCGGUGACUCCGGUGCGCUCAUCUUUGUCGGCCUCCUUACCGGCGGGACGAACAAAGGCACAGACGGCUCCGACAUUACCUACGCCACCCCCUUUACGUAUAUCUGGGAUCUCGUUCUCUCGGAGUUCCCUGGUGCAAAUCUGUACUUCCAAGAUAUUCCGGCCUUCCUGGCGGCGCCGGUUUAG